GAGGAGUAGACUCUCACUAAGAUUAGUGCGUUGGACGAGCUAACAAGCUAUCCGAGUUUAAGUUUACAAAAGUGGAUUGGAAAUUGACUCCAGUGAGUGAUUUAGUGUGUGAAUUGUGAACCUAACCAUACGUGGACAUUAAUGGCUUGAUAGUCAUGCAAGAAACCGGAUCCAUCUCACCACAAUCCAUCAUUGAAGACAUGUCCCCAUAUCAUCAAGUGUCCAUCAAGUACGAAUCCAGUCCGGUGUCAUCACGCACAUCAAGUCCUAACCUCACCGCGUGUAGUCUUAACGAACCAUUGGAGAUGACCAUGAAUAACCUACGCACCUCCCCACUGGAAGAAGAUGAUGACCACAAUCAGGAGAAAUACAUAUCCGAUGAUGAAAUCAGUGUGGGUUGUCCCAGUCCCUUACCCCUAACUCCCACAACAAUGAAGACCACUGUGACACGUCGGAGGACAUCUCUAAGUGAUUCAGAUAACGAGGACUACUUCAAACCCUUGAAGAAACUGAAGAUGCUUGAUAUAGAACGGGAGCGUGAAAGGGAACAACGUGAGCAAGCCGAAAGGGAACGGGAACGUGACCGGCGGAUAUCUCCUACCUUGGAGGAUGAUAACGAACAUAAACAAAGUGAUAAUGCGGCUGCAGCAGCCGUCGGAGUGAAAAGUUUCUCCAUCAUGGAUAUAUUGAACCAUAGACCUGCUUUGGCCAAGGGACAACCUACGAGGAUAGUCCGACCAUGGGAUUUGGACCCUGAUGCAGAAGCCCAGCAGAACUUGGAAAGGUUUCAUAGACAUUUGAAGGUCCAGCAGUUGGCGUUGUUGAGACCUGAGUUUGCUGCGUUUAAUGCCAGCUACGCGUCGGAAACGGGUAGUGAUCGGUCAUCGAGCGUUGCGUCGGACUGCUGCUCACCAGAUAUUGUACCCGCGCAUCAUCAUCAUCAUCAUCAACAAGGCAGAUCAUCACAACCACAAGGACAACAGAGGUCCGGGGUGAAAACUACCCCCAGUGGGACACCUCUAGAUGCUCUGUUUCAAAUGACCAGCAAGACCUUUGAUUCCAAUACUGGGGAGUCGAGUACAGAUGGUCAAAGUCACCUCAACCUCUUCAACAACCGCCAGCAACCGAAGAAAAAACGAAAAUCGCGCACGGCGUUCACCAAUCAUCAAAUCUUCGAGCUCGAAAAGCGUUUCCUCUAUCAAAAGUAUCUCAGCCCGGCCGACCGCGACGAAAUCGCCUCCAGCCUGGGCCUCACCAACGCCCAAGUGAUAACAUGGUUCCAGAACCGUCGCGCCAAGCUCAAACGCGACAUGGAAGAGCUCAAAAAAGACGUGGAAAAUUCGAAAAUCAUCAACGCGCACAAAAGUUUCCUCGAAAACGUGCAAGAUCUCGGCAUUCUCAAGAAAAAGCCCUGAUGUCCGAUGAUGAUUGCGCCAAGAACCUAGUAAUCUCACACGAGAAAUAGCUAGAGUUGAUGAGGAAAUUGUAUCGGAUCUAAAUUUCCCUUAACUCAAAGGGAAACGGUUUCCUCCACAAAAAAAAAAAAAUUAUAAAAUGAAAUUUACGUACUUAAAACAAACAAAUACUUGAAAUGUGUGUAAUUGUUAUCAUUUUGUACAUAACAAAACCAAAAAAACACUGCUCGAAACACCCUGUAUGUGUGAGUGUAUUUUGUAAAUAUCUAACUGUAAGUAUUUAAUGCAAUUAGUGAAUUAGAACGUUUCGCGCGCGUAAUAAAUGUUAAUGUUGUAAUUAAUCUUAUAAACUGUAACCUAUGCAACCAGACAUACACACACACUUUACACACGCAUGAGAAAAAAAUUCAUUAUAACAUAUUUAUAUCUAUUUUUUUGUUUUUUCGAAAAUCAACGGGUAUUUUGCAAUAUUUGUACGUUAUUGUUUAAUUCAGCCAGCUUAGACGAUAAGCGUUAAACAAUAAGUAAGUGACAACUGUGUAUAAACUAUAAAUAUUAUAAAUAAUUCAAAAUAUAAUUCCUGCUUGAAGAUUGUGCUGUCAAAACAUGUUCAUUUUCGAUUUCUAGUGUAAAUGUGAAUAAUAAUGAUUAUAAAUCGAUCUGAAUAUGA